CCGUAGGUGGGUGGUGUUUUUGUUUUGGCGCGGAAUUACGGAGCUAAAGCCCGUCUUCGGAAAUGAUUUCCUUCAAGAUCGGGGACAGCAGUGUAAAUAUGGAUGAGGAUGUAGUAGAACACAGACAACCGACAGAUAACACUGCGAAUCAGGGAAGUGUCAACGACGAUGUUUCGGCGAACACCACAGAUAAAUGCACCAGUUCGGCCCCGCAGGCGAAGAGACUGACGCUUUUCAACAAAGUCAUGGAAAAAAGCUUGCAACGACUUGUAGCUGACGCCAGUUUCCACAGGUUUGCGCACUCAUUCCACCCGUUCUACAAGCAGAACCCAAAUAUGACUAAAGCCAUUCAUCAAGAGUUUGUCGCUAGUCUCCAGAAGAAUAUACAGGAUGACAUCAACCGGGUGGUCGAGGAAGGUGAGCUACAGUGUAAAUUGGAUGAAUUGGACAGACUGUGUGUCCUGGCAAAAGAUAAGACUCAAGCUGCCUGGCGUCCAAGUGGGGUCCCAGAGCAGGAUGUGGGUAGUUUCCUGACUCCUUAUUACACAAAACAGGACCGCUACAUGAGGAGAGAACUGGAGAAACUGCGUAAAGAGAACGCAGCGCUGGCGGAGAGGGUGCGGGAGGGACGGAGCGCCAUCGCUAACACGGAGCAGCGCAUCACAGCGGCUGUGGACGGGUGGAAGGCUUCUGUUGAAGAUCUGGGGGCCUGCAUAUCCACACUCUGCCCAGAUGAGACCUUUGAAGGACUCUAAAUUCUUAGAAGAACCAGGGAACUCUUUUGUGUGUUGUUUUGUUUUUUUGUAUUUAUGUUUAAUAAAUUUAAGAUCAAAAUCAGAUGUUAACGGUUUAUUUUGUUUGUUUGUGUCACUAAAUGGUAUUUUUCAUAUUUCUAUGUUAACUAUUCUACAGCACACCUAUUUGAAAGUCAUUGAUCAUAACACGAUGUUUUGAACUGAUGAAGACUGUCUCCUUGUAUUGUAUUGGACAUUGAACAUACCUGACACCUGAAUGUUUUGAGUCUUUUCUUCAGGGUUUUAAGAAAUGUGGUUGCUUUGUCAGGCCAGAAAAAUGCAAUAAAAAUGUCUAAAACACAGAAAUGUUGCUGUCACUUUGAUACACCUAUGAUUUGGUUAUGUUUUGGUCAUGCACUAAGAUUAGAACUGGUAUUUUUUUGCUUUUAAC